AUGUCCUUCCCCGGCUUCUUAUACAGCCAGCUCAUCCAACGGCUGCCCUACCCAUCCGGCUCGCACGCAGGCCAGACCGUCAUCGUCACAGGCAGCAACGUCGGCCUGGGUAAAGAAGCAGCGCGCCACUUUGCCCGGCUCCACGCCAAAAAGGUGAUACUCGCGGUGCGCAGCCUCGAAAAGGGCCAGGCCGCCAAGCAAGACAUCGAGAGCAGCCUACGCGAUGCCGGCGGCGCAGGCAGCACGACCGAGGUGCACGUCUGGCCGCUCGACAUGGCCAGCUACGCCUCUGUCGAGGCCUUCGCCGCCCGCGUCAACUCGGAGCUGAGCCGGCUCGACGUCCUCGUCGCCAACGCGGGCAUCGCAUCGGGCAGCUACCACACCGCCGAGGGCAACGAGAGCAUGGUGACGGUCAACGUCGUGUCGACCUUUUUGCUCGCCGCCCUGGUCCUCCCCAAGAUGAAGGAGUCGGCGAGGCAGUUCGGUACCAGGCCUACCCUGACAAUCACCUCGUCGGGCGUGCAUGCCGAGGCCGCGGACCUCGUUGCGCGGGCCGCCGCCGCGGGGGAGCUGUGGCCCCUCGUCAACGACCGGCAGACGGUCGAGGCGCACUUUGCCGCGCAGUACCCUGCGUCCAAGCUGCUCGAGAUAUUUGGCGUCAGGGCCAUAGGCGAGCAGAGCCCCGCGGCUGGGUUCCCCGUCACUAUUAACUGUGUCAACCCGGGGCUAUGUCACUCGGAGCUGGGGCGUGAUUAUCCCUCCUGGGGGUUUUGGCUGCUGAAGCUGCUUCUGGCGCGCUCGACUGAGGUUGGGAGUAGGAAUCUGGUGGCUGCGGGUGCCAUGGGCCAAGAGUCCCACGGCAAGUAUGUGUCGGACUGUGUGGUCGCUGAGCCGUCGGCGUUUUUGGACAGUGAGGACGGACGCAAGGUGCAGAAGAUGUUUUGGAAGGAAUUGACGCAGAAGCUGGACGAGAUUAAGCCUGGCGCUUCGGGGAACUUUUUCGAAGGAGUUGCAGAUGAGGCCUGGGAGCAGAUACCAGGACGCACUGCAUGGCUGGUAGGAAAUGCGAAGGAAUACACAUCCAAUCAAGUCGAGCCUAUAUUGUGUGAGGUGAUUUUUACGUCCAGAUACAGCAACACAGCCGCGCGUCCGGAGAAGGAACUCAAACAUAAGGAAUCAAGCACGUUCUAUGGCUCCUCGUCAUGUGGACGUCCUCGGUCUGGUCUAUCUACCGCUCCAUGGGAUCAACUUUCCUCUUUCCCUUCUCUUAACAGUACAUCCUUUGGCAUUGUGAAUUACUCCGAAGACGAGGAACCAAACACAGUCGAGGGCUUCUCGCCAUAUGGACCUCCUGCGUCUGGUCCAUCUACCGCUCCAUAUGGUCAACCUUCCCCUUUGCCUUCUAUCAACAAUACAUCCUUUGGCAUUGUGAAUCCCUCCGAAGACGAGGGACCAAACACAGUCGAGGGCUCCUCGUCAUGUGGACCUCCUGCGUCUGGUCCAUCUACCGCUCCACCUGGUCAACUUUCCCCUUUGCCUUCUAUCAACAAUACAUCCUUUGGCAUUGCGCAUCACUCCGAAGACGAGGAAUCAAGCACUUCUAGUCGUCCCAAUCCUGGGGGACCAAACAGAGUCUAUGGGUUUGAUCAGAUUCCUUUUUCAUCUAUUUCACUUCCCUUGGCAUUUACUCAUCCCUCUGCAUGUGAUCUUCCCACUCCAUUUGCUGCUGUACCCUCUUCCACUUCUCCCGGCGUUUCAUCCUAUGCCGAUACGGAGAAAGCCAAAGAGGAGCGAUCAAGCGCUUCCAAUCGUUCCGAACGUCCCUGGGUUAAAUUUAGUGUUCCCAUGGAUGGGGAGCCGCUGGUGGAUGAUGACGGCGUUGUCUUUGAAACGCCCGGCUUCCGAAACCGCGGAGCAGCCUAG